ACUAUGGGACAUGAGUAAUGUAGAUGUACACAAUAGUCAAUAGGCAUUGAUUUCAUUCAUAUACGAAAUAAUACGAAUUUCGGAUACUGUCAUUUUUUGUAUAAUAUUAAUUAUAAAAUUGUGGAAAAAUGUCACAAGGCAAAAUUGUGUUAAUGGCUUGUGGUAGUUUUAGCCCUCCGACAUAUAUGCAUUUACGUAUGUUCGAAAUUGCAAGGGAUUAUAUGCAUUCCCUGGGUUUGGGGACUGUUGUGGGCGGUAUUGUAUCACCAGUUCAUGAUGCUUACGGAAAGAAAGAUCUUGUUGCUUCACAUCAUAGGAUAUCAAUGCUCAAGUUAGCCUUGAGAUCGUCUGGUUGGAUCAAGAUCUCCGAGUGGGAAACACAACAGUCUGGAUGGACGAGAACUAAAUUGUCAUUACAAUACCAUCAGGACACAAUAAACUGUUACAUGUCACCGCUAAAUAUAAACACUGAUUCGCCAUCUUGGCUACCGGACGAUUUUUUGAACGUAAAUAAUAUUGACGAGCAGAACAAUUUGAACGAGAACCUGAAUGGUAAUGUAAGUGAUGGGGUCACUGUUAAGUUACUCUGUGGUGCUGACCUGCUGGAGUCCUUCGCGAAACCUGGACUGUGGUCGGAUGAAGACUUGGAGACGAUAGUCGGUCGUCACGGAUUGGUCGUCGUGACGAGAGCCGGAAGUGAUCCUGGACGAUUUAUAUAUGAAUCGAAUAUGCUUUACAAAUAUAGGAAGAAUGUUACGCUUGUAACUAACUACAUAGCGAAUGAAGUGAGCUCGACAGUUAUACGUCGCUUGCUGCAGCGAGGCGAAAGUGCCAAGUACUUAACCGACGACGCAGUACUGGCAUAUAUAAGGCAGAACAGGCUGUAUGGAUCUAUACCUUGUGUUACUGAGUAUAACCUCCUUAACGAUAUCCUAGCCAACUACGAAAAGUCACCCCAAGACGUCAUCAUGACGUCACCCGAGGAGACGAGCUUCAAGAACAUACUGAUAUCGAUCAGAGACAAGCCGUCAAUUGUAGACGAGACAAUAACCGUAAAGCGAGCGAAGAAAACCAACUUCCUGAUGCCGAAUCACACGGACACGAUAAGUCCAACGUUGGACCCGAAACCUAAAAUGGCGUACAUAGACAAAGUACCAUCAACUUACGUACCGGGGAAAGCGGUCAAAAUAGUCAGCGAUGUAAAGCAACACGCGAUCAAAGACGAGAAGGGAGGCGGUUGCGCGCUGUAGCUGACGUGUUGCGCGCCACGCGGGAAAUAAACCGCAAACGCGCGCCCUUUUUAUAUGUCAUAUAAUUUAUUAAAUGAAUACUUAAGUGCAUUCACUAUAAGUCAAACCAUGUUUAUAUUUGUUGUGUUUAUAAUAAUUUAAUACUGCCUACGCAGAGUUUGUAACUUGAUAUCCUAUUUUUGUUUAAUGACUUUAGUAAUUCAGGUCAGACUUUUUAAACAUUCAUAGCAAUCAUUAUAUUUUAAUGUGAGCUAUCGAUAAAAUAUAUAUAUUGUCCUCAGUGAACGAACUAUUAGGCCGAAUUACUUUAUAUACGAAACUCUGUGUAGAACAUAAAUGAAGCAAGCAAUGUAUGUAGUGUCCGACCGAACCUUGGCGAAAAUGUACAGAGGUUUUGCCGAAAUUAAACGAAAUCUUUAGGAUUAUUAAACAUUUUGUUUCGGCUAGAAAUCGAUUCGGACACUAAUUAUUUGUUAUGAUAAAAGUGCCUUUAUGCUAUUUCAAUCUUUAUAAUUGUCUAUAGAGAUGAAAAACUUGUAAUAAUAAUUGUUACAUACUCUGUGGUUAUUAAUUUUAUACUCUGUGGUUAUAUAAAUAAGGUAAUUCGGCCCAUCUCGACUGUCCAGUCUACCAAUUUUAUUAAAAAUGUUUAUUAUUUUUAACUCAAAAUAUUCUUGUCUGAUAGUUUAUAAAUGGCAUGUACAGUCCGCGUCAAAAUAUUUUCGUUAAACAUAUUUGUCAGAACAGAAGAUAUGUCGUUGAUUAAAAUAUUUAGUAACGUUUUUCUUAUAUUUUUUACGUUACAUUAACUCUUAUUUAUUAUUAAAUGAUAAAGCUUUGAAAAAUGUUCCUACUCUUGUAUGAUAACUGUCAGUUUUUUUAAAAUAUUCAUUCAUACAAUUCGCCAUCUUGAUUUACUUAAAAGUUGCAUUUUGUAGUGCCUCCGUGUAUUUGUUAAUUUUUAAUCGUUAAUCAGGUAAUGGUUACCUUUUGAUAAAAGCCGUCAUAAGGAAUAUAUAUAAAAUGGCGUUUAGCAUUAUUACUUAAUAGGGGACAGUAAUUUGAAAUGUGAUAGUGAAGUGAUAAUAAGAUUAUAAAAAAUAAUCUCAGUUUUAGUGAGGGGUACGUGUAGUUUAGCAAUUUGAUUAUAAUCUUUAUAAUAGAAUUACAGCUAAACUGACAUUAUAUUGGGAUCUGACGUAUGGUCGGGGCCUAAUAAACAUGGCCGACAUUACAGUUUAUAGAAAUAACAGAAACAGUACAAAUAAUUAUAACAAUCAAUGAUAUUUGCAAUUAUAGCCCGAUAACGUUAAUUAAUAUUAUUUGUGUACAAUAAAAUAAAGUCAAAUUAACAGUAGCAUCCAUUUGUAAAUUUCUAGAAACGUCCCAGUUAUCGGAUAUCAGGUCCUAUCCUAUCAUGACGUCAUUCCAGAUCCCAAUCGGCGGCACAGAUAAAAUUAAACUUUGUGAAAGGAUUAUUAUUUUCGUAGCUACUUUUCUGAAAGGAAACAUUGAUUAGAGAACUUGUUUAUGUAAUUUGUUGCCAUAUAAAAUCAAAUAUAUUUUAUAAUAAACUUUUAAAUUGUUUUUAAAGUAUUUGCUUGAUUUAAUAACUUUAAUCGAUUUUAUGGUUAUUUUAUAUAUUUGGCAUGUUUUUGUUUUCAAUUUGUCUGGUGGUUGUUUUGUUGUACACAAUCUCUUAAUCGAAUUAGACUUGAUCAAAAGAAAUCUUACCCUUUUUUAACCAUCUAAUCGUGAAAGAGAUAGCAUUAUGUUUAUAUAGAGAUUAUGUACAACAGGAUCGACAUUAGCAGUGCUAUUCUAUAAGAACUCACUUCGUAUCUCACUCGUGAAAUGUUGAAAAUCGAAAAAUGAUGUUACGUUAUUUUGAUAUACAAUUAAAUGUCAUAACUAUUGUAGUAUAUUUCGUAUAACGCUAUCUCAUAUUUCACGACCAAUUUCUGUAGCGAGUUUCGAGUUUGUUUUUAAGGAAAAGAUCUGUGAAAUCAUUAAUGUACAGUCGACAACAUUUAUAGUACCAACUAUCAAACCAACCAAGUUAGUAUCUAUGUAUGAAUGUAAUAAUCUGUUUGAGUGUAAUGUACUGCACCAAUUUGUAUGUCCAAUUGCACGAUGAAACCUCUAAAUAUAGUAGUCAUUCACACAUUUAUAUAGUCUAGUCGUAGUAAUAGCUUAUAUAGCAAUAUGUUAUAUAUCUAGACAUGUUAUGUUAUGUUAAGCCGAGAUGGCCUAGUGGUUCGAACGCGUGAAUCUUAACCGGGGAUCGUGGGUUCGAAACCCGGGCAAGCAUCACUGAAUUUUCAUGUGCUUAAUUUGUGUUUAUAAUUCAUCUGUGCUUGACGGGGAAGGAAAACAUCGUGAAGAAACCUGCAUGUGUCUAAUUUCAUUGAAAUUAUGCCGCAUGUGUAUUCGACCAAUCCGCAUUGGAGCAGCGUGUUGGAAUAAGCUCUAAAACCUUCUUCUCAAAAGGGAGAGGAGGCCUUAGCCCAGCAGUGGGAUAUUAACAGGCUGUUACAUGUUAUAUAUGAAAAUUAAACCAGACAUUGCAAUAGGAGACGAUUGACUCUUUUAAAUAAAUGUCGAAUCAUUGUGAGACGGAAGCAUAUCUUGUGCAAGAGCGUAUAAAGAUAUUGAUUCUAUUAAAACAUUGUCGCUUCAUUGCAAUCGAAUCGAAGCGUGAUCGUUGUCGCUUAUCCGUUUUCGUAUUCUUUAAUUUAUUUAUAGACUAUUGGUAUAAUAGUCAACAAUUAAGUUUGUUAGUGAUACUCUCAAACUGAAUUAGUCUUAGUUUUUGAGCCUUUUUUGUUUUAAUUUAGCGAGUAACGGUGAGACCGACAUAUAGGCUGCCUAUAAAGGCCCCUUAAAAAUAAAAGAUUAAAAAAAUGUAAUUAAGUUUCGUUUUGACACAACGGUAUAUGUUGACGUCAUAUCGUUUCGUUUCCGAUCCGAAUAAAUACAGGAUAGUCAAAGUUGGAUUUGAAUUGAAUCGGGAACGUAUCGUACUCGUGAUAGGUUAGUAGAAUUCGUUUCCUGAACGGUAAGAUUUUUCGGAGAUCUUGAUGAUGAUGUCAUGUUGUGACGUCACACAAUUCGGCAUUUAAGAUUAUAUUAUUCUAUAAACGUUUCUUUUAGUUUAUUAUGAAAUUUCAUUGUAUUUAAUUAGCGAUUGUUACUUCAUAACCUAGCUAUCACAUACUAUAAAAUAUCGCGAAUCGAGUCUUUAUUAUGUGACGUAUGGUUAAACGACAUACAGAUUAAAUAUAAAUAUUUUUGAUAAAAUAAUUUGCAAUGAUAUAACGUGUCUAGUUAUAUGAUUAGCUGCGAAAUAUUAACAUAUUUGUCUUUUAUGGAAAAAAGUGUUUAAUAUAAUUAGUAGGGUAAAAAUCAAUGAAAAUAUUUUGUUCCUAUUUCCGCUUAUAUAAUAAUCGUACUUAACACAUAACCAAAUAAUUAACGAAUAAUGUACAAACUUCUUACCACAUAUAUGGCCAGAUAUAACUUUGGUACCGAUUUUUAAAUAUAUAAAUUUCACGAUAUUUAUUAAGGAAGGUCCUUAAUAAAUAUCGUGUAAGUAAGUUUGUUUUCAUUGGGGUGUCAACAACCCCAUAAACAGAUAAGGGUUAAAGAGAAGGUUUUUAAAAGCUUUCCAAAAUAAUAUAUAUUUUUCCACAGAUAAAAACAAUUAACACAUUCCGAAGUAACUUAUAAAAUAUUUAAAAUUAUAUUUACGUAUAUGUAAUAUUAUACCGGACCAUAUUCUGUGAGACAGAUUAGUAAAAAAUUUUCACUAAUACGGUUAUUUUGUUAACUAAAUAUUAUAAACAUAAUAUGUCAUACAUUCAUAAGCUUUAUAUAAUAUGUGCAACAAUAAUUGUAUAUUUAUGUAAAGGUAUUGAUUCUUUUAAAAAAUCUUUAAAUUAAACUGACAAGACUAAAUAGAUUUGCUAUCUCUUUUUAACCUUAAAUAUUCUAAUGAGAUGGUAGUAUAUUUUAGUAUUGUUAAAUUAGUUUAAUUUAGAGGUUGUCGGUUAUAGAAUCGGUGCCUGUGUAUAUAUAAUUAUUUCAUGAUUGGAUAACUAUUUUAUUAUACUGUACUUAAAUCUGUAUCAGCCAAAUAUAAAGCUUUG